AUGUCCAACCAGACAAGAGUCACUCACUUCAUCCUCAGAGGCUUCUCAGAUGUCCCCGAGCUGAGACUCGUGGUCAUUCCAUUUUUCUUGCUUGUUUAUUCCUUUGGCCUCCUGGGGAACAUCUCCAUAGUCACAGCUGUGACCAGAGAGAGCAGGCUCCACUCCCCCAUGUACUUCUUCCUCAAGAAUUUAUCUUUCCUAGACAUGUGCUACACCUCAGCCACCAUCCCCAAGGCACUGGUUAUAAGCUUCACGGGAUCGGGGGUCAUCUCCUAUCGCCAGUGUGUGGCACAGCUCUACAUAUUUUUUACACUUGCUUGCACUGAGUGCUUUCUGCUCACAGCCAUGGCGUAUGACCGCUGCCUGGCCAUCCUCAGGCCCCUGCUCUAUGGAGUCAUCAUGAACCAGAGACGAUGCUCUGAGCUGGUCGCUGCCGCCUGGGUGAGCGGGGCCAUCUACUCAGCCUUCCACACUUUCAACACCUUCUCCCUCCCCUACUGCGGACCCAAUGUCAUCGAACACUUCUUCUGUGACAUCCCUCCAGUCAUGAGACUGUCCUGCACUGAUUACCACGUCAACGAGGAGGUGGGCUUUGCUGUCGGCAGCUGCAUCCUCAUGAGCUCCUUUGCCCUCACGGUCCUCUCCUACGUGGGCAUCGUCUCCACGGUGGUUCGCAUCCCCUCAGUGGAGGGCAGAGGGAAAGCCUUUUCCACCUGCUCCUCUCACCUGACCACGGUGGUCUUGUUUUAUGGAACUGGAAGCUUCGUGUACUUGAGGCCUGCCUCUCAGUACUCCCCGACCCAGGGUCGCCUGGCAUCUAUCUUCUACUCUGUGCUCACACCCUCUUUGAAUCCUCUUGUCUACUGUGUGAGGAACAAAGACAUGAAGUUUGCUCUGCAGAAGCUGUAUUGUCAAAGAAAGUGCUGA